UACCCUUAUUAUGUCUGACGUCAUAUACAAAUACCACCCUCACAAAAAGGCCACCAUCAUCACCGCUCCAUUCUCCGGAGGACAACCAAAAGGAGGAGUCGAAUUAGGCCCAGAAUACAUUUUGAACUCCGGGUUCGCCAAGCAGAUUCAAGACCUUGGCUGGGACGUCGAGAUAACUCAUCCCUUGGAAGGUACCGAUUUUGAAGCUGCCAAAAAUGAUGAAAAGGACUCAUUUGGGGUCAAAAACGCCAAAAUCGUCCUGGAUUGCAACCGUAAAAUCUUUGCUGCCGUCCACACAAGUUUACAAAAUCAAAGAUUACCCAUAACUAUCGGAGGUGACCACUCAAUCGGAACCGGUACUUUGUUGGGAGCUUUAACCAACAACGAGGACACAUGCAUUUUGUGGAUCGAUGCCCAUGCCGAUAUCAACUCGCCCAAAACUACCGGGUCCGGCAACUUGCACGGGUGUCCCGUGUCGUUCUUGAUGGGAAUCGACAGAGAAAGCUACCCUCCUGAGUUUGACUGGAUUCCUACUGUGUUGAAAUCCAACCGCAUUGCAUACAUUGGAUUAAGAGACGUGGACUCGGGAGAAAAAAAGAUCUUGCGGGACCACAACAUCCCAGCCUUCUCCAUGUACCACAUUGACAAGUACGGGAUUGGGAAGGUGGUGGAGAUGGCCUUGCAAAAAAUCAACCCCAACAUGGACUUUCCCAUUCACUUGAGUUAUGACGUGGAUGCCAUUGACCCAAGCUUUGUGCCUGCCACUGGAACUAGAGUGGAAGGAGGUUUAACGUUGAGAGAAGGUUUGUUUGUGGCUGAGGAAGUCGCAGCCACCGGGUUGUUGAGCUCGAUAGACAUUGUGGAAACCAACCCCUCUUUGGGAGAAACCAGCGAUCACAUCUUGGAUACCGUCAGUGCCGCGUGUGCAAUCGGUAGAUGUGCCUUGGGCCAAACCUUGUUGUAAUAUAAGAUUCCAAGCCUUGUUUUUAAUCAGAUGAUGUACAUAAUAAUGACAUGAAAUUCGGUCACCAAAAUUCGCAGCAAUUGACUGUGGACAUUCACUAUAAAUAAAACCCCCCACGCUUAGUUUCAGUUUUUGUAAUUAUUAUGUCUUCUAUUAUUGCU